GGCUGCCUUCCGACAAAGCACUGCCUGCUGGAAGGAGAAACUGGGGCAUACUACUAUUGAUUUAGGGAUUGCUCCCGAUAAGCUGGAGUCCUAUCAGAAUGGUGAUAUCAAAGUUACAGAUCCUAUGGAGAGAUUACAGUCAGUGAUGGGCCACCUUGUUUCCUUUCCCCUGGAUUUUAUGUGCAAUGAGGAUUUGAGACCAGUUUUCAAUGAAAGUGAGUUCUAUGCAUCUCCUCAAGUUUUCCAUUAGACUUCAUCCGUUUCAUUGAAUUUAUUGCUCUGUAACAUCCAAGGUUUUUUUCUUCUAUGAUUGUGGUGUCUCCGUGGCUUGUACAUGUAUUGGAGAAAGUAUAGAAUAAGAAAGUAGGACUUCAGAGCCCUGCAAAAAUAAGUUAUAGCUCAAAAUGAAGUGCGUAAGCUGGGAUGGUUGCAUGAUUCAUUGAUUCAUUUAUAGAAUAAAAGACAUUUCAUCC